AUUGAUUAUAACCUCUCUUUUCAUUGCUGACUUUUUUUAGCGUUGACGUGUUUUAUUAACGACAAUCAAAAUGAGGACACACAUGUGUGCUUACAGUGGGUUGAAAAUAUACCCUGGCCAUGGAAAAACAUUGGUCAAAGUUGAUGGAAAGUCAUACACUUUCCUCAAUGGAAAAUGUGAGGCUGCUCACAAAAUGAGACGUAAUCCAAGAAAAGUCACCUGGACCGUUCUCUACAGACGUAAACACAAGAAAGGUCAAGAAGAAGAACAAGCCAAGAAAAGAACUCGUCGUACUCAAAAGUACAACAGAGCUAUUGUUGGUGCAUCACUCACUGACAUCUUGGCUAAACGUAACAUGAAGCCUGAAAUCAGAAAGGCACAACGUGAACAAGCCAUCAAAGCUGCCAAGGAACAAAAAAGAGCACAAAAAGCUACAAAAGCAGCACCACCUAAAACCAAGGCUCCAGUUAAAAAAGACAAAGUACAAAAGAAAGUUGUACAAAAAGCAGCACCAAGAGUUGGAGGCAAACGUUAAAUUUAACUGAUUGUUUACGUUUUACAAUAUUGAAAAUAAUAAAUAAAUAUUUCAUCAAAUCUGAA